AUGGAGAUGCGAGUUGAAGUGACCAGCAGAGAGACGAUAAAGCCUUCAUCACCAACGCCUCACCGCCUGAAGACCUUCAACUUGUGCCUCCUUGACCAAAUGACCCGCAUGUACUAUGCCUCAGUUGUUUUCUUCUACCCAAGUGACCCAACUCGUGAUCUCCCCGUGAAAAUUGACCACAUCUCUUGUACUCUCAAGAAGUCUCUCGCCGAGGCCCUGACCCGGUUUUACCCGCUCUCCGGGCGGCUCAGCAAGAACAACCUCUACAUCGACUGCAACGAUGCCGGGGUGCUGUAUGUCGAGGCCCGCGUGGACUGUUCGCUCUCGGAGUUCGCCAAGAAACCCGAGAUUAGGCUGCUAGACAAGUUCCUCCCGUUGCAUGGGGUUUCCACCGGACCGGAAGAGGAAGCCUUUCUGUUCGGGAUACAAGUGAACGUGCUUUCGUGUGGAGGGAUCGUUAUCGGGACUUCCAGCUCGCACAAGAUCAUGGACGCGACCACAUUUAUAGCUUUUUUCAGGACAUGGACCGCCAUAGCCACGGGACGUCCUGAUCAAGCGAUGCAGGCGGACUGCAUGGCCGCAUCAACCCUAUUCCCGAGCAGCGACACGAUGCCUAGCAAUGCUGGACUGUGGCAUGGGAACCCCUUUACCAAACCGGGAAAGAGCAGUCUGAGGAGAUUCGUGUUCGACUCCGCUGCCCUAUCGAGGUUAAAACUCGAUGCUAGGAGUGAAUUCGUUCCAAACCCAACUCGAAUCGAAGCGCUGACUGGAUUCAUCUGGAAACAUGCAAUAAGAGCUUCUAGGAUGCUGUCCGGCAUGCAGCCCCCAUCGGCAGUGGUCCAAUCGAUGAACCUCCGCCACCGUGUGGAACCGCCUCUGCCCGAACAGUCGAUCGGGAAUAUCGCUUGGAGGGCAUUCGCGACCUACGAAAACACGAGGCCGGAAGUUGAACUGCGUGACUUGGUCGAGUCGGUGAGGAAAUCGCUUGCUGAGAUAAACGUCGACCACGUGAAGAAAAUUCGAGGGGAUGGUGCUUUUGAGGGAAUCUCCAAGUGGCUAGAAGAGGCGGGCCGGAUCUAUACAAAGAUGAGGCAAGAGUGUUACACUUUUGUGAGUUGGUACAGGAUGGGAUUCUACGACGUCGAUUUCGGGUGGGGGAGGCCCGUAUGGGUAAGUGUCCAGAACUUCGGGGACGACGCGUUCAAGAACGUGGUCAUCAUGAUGGACACACCGUCCGGCAAUGGAAUAGAAGCAUUGAUCGCGUUGGAGGAGCAAGAGAUGUCUAUACUGGAGCAGGAUCAGGAGUUCCUUGCAUCCGCCAAGCCCCAACUCAGUAUGGUUCUCCAGGGCCGCAGUAAACUCUGA